AUUUCAAUAAUGUCAUCAAAACGUUCGUCCCCAACUGGAAAACUCCGUCUUCUGAGCUUCCUUCGUGACCUUCUUGAAGACGAAUCGAAUUCAGAUAUCAUCUAUUGGUUUGACAAAUCUGAAUCGGUAUUCAAGAUGAGCAAGCCACACAAGGUUGCCGAGCUGUGGGGAGCUGCUACGGGUAAUCCAGGAAUGAACUAUGACAAAAUGUCAAGAGGACUUCGUUAUUUCUACACAAACAAUACAUUGGAAAAGGUUCCAGGCAAAGAUGCUCGUUAUCGCUUUAUCGAUUCUCCAAGACAUUCGUUCCUAGAUUUUUCCAUGAAAACUGAACUUGAGACGCCAGUCAAAAGAACUCCUUUGUUCAAUAUUUCAAAUCUAAUUUCAGAUUUCGAAGUUUCCAAUAAUAGCUUGACAUCGUCACCAACAUCGAGUGCAUCUUCAGUAGAACCAUCUUCGCCAACAACAACCGAAUCAUCACUGGAUCCAUCACAAUUUGUGCAAUUGACUCAAAACCUUGUUCAAUUUAACACAUUUAUGUCUCAAAACCCAAUGUUCCAUACUUUGCCCCUACCCACACAACUUCAAGUUUUCUUCAAUUUUAAGACAAUUUUCCCCUCUUUGUUUCCGGCAUUGGUGUGAGACUCCUAAAUUUCCUAAUAGGUUCUGACAAUUGAUUUUUUUUUUGCAAGUAGUGUUUUUGAAAAGUGACACUUGAAAACUCACGCUGUCGCAACGGUUCCUGAAAAUAAGCAAUUGUAAUUGUUGUCAAUAAUAAAUAAUUUUAACAGAA